AGGCCGAGGGGUGGGGGAGCCCGGGAAUUCCCUCCUCCUGAAGUAGCGAGUUCGGGGCCGGCCGUGCCGUCGUCGCUGCUGCCAGGCGCCCGGGACGUGGAGGUGGAGGAGGGAGAGGGCCCGCGGGCCUCGCCUCCGCCCGCCGCCCCCUCCCCGCCACCCCUCCCCGCCGCCGCCCGAGGGGCUCGUGCGAGCGCGGCUGGAGGGCAGAGGAAGAGGAACAUGCCACUUGCAGAUAGAAACACCCAAGGAGAAUGCCGUGUGACAACAGAGGCAGAGAUGGAAGUGAUGCAGUUGCGAGCCAAGGAACCCCAAGGAUUGCCAGCCACAAUCAGAAGCUAGGAGGAGGCAAAGAAGGAUUCUCUUCAGAGAUUGAGAAUUUGAUAAUGGGCUGCAUUAAAAGUAAAGAGAACAAAAGUCCAGCCAUUAAAUACCGACCGGAAAACACUCCAGAACCUGUCAGUACAAGUGUCAGCCAUUAUGGAGCAGAACACACUGCAGUGGCACCAUCAUCUUCAGCAAAGGGAACAUCUGUUAAUUUUAGCAAUCUUUCCGUGACGCCAUUUGGAGGAUCCUCAGGGGUGACACCUUUUGGGGGAGCGUCUUCCUCAUUCUCAGUGGUGCCAAGUUCAUAUCCUGCUGGUUUAACAGGUGGCGUUACUAUAUUUGUGGCCUUAUAUGAUUAUGAAGCUAGAACUACAGAAGACCUUUCAUUUAAGAAGGGUGAAAGAUUUCAAAUAAUCAACAAUACGGAAGGAGACUGGUGGGAAGCAAGAUCAAUUGCUACAGGAAAGAAUGGCUAUAUCCCUAGCAAUUAUGUAGCCCCUGCAGACUCCAUUCAAGCAGAAGAAUGGUAUUUUGGCAAAAUGGGGAGAAAAGAUGCUGAAAGAUUACUGCUGAAUCCUGGGAAUCAACGAGGUAUUUUCUUAGUAAGAGAGAGUGAAACUACUAAAGGUGCUUACUCCCUCUCUAUUCGUGAUUGGGAUGAGGUAAGGGGAGACAAUGUGAAACAUUACAAAAUUAGGAAACUUGACAACGGUGGAUACUAUAUCACAACUAGAGCACAAUUUGAUACUCUGCAGAAACUGGUAAAACACUACACAGAACAUGCUGAUGGUUUAUGCCAUAAGUUAACAACUGUGUGUCCAACUGUGAAACCCCAGACUCAAGGUCUAGCAAAAGAUGCUUGGGAAAUCCCUCGAGAAUCUUUGCGACUAGAGGUUAAACUGGGACAAGGAUGUUUUGGUGAAGUAUGGAUGGGAACAUGGAAUGGAACCACAAAAGUAGCAAUCAAAACACUAAAACCAGGUACAAUGAUGCCAGAAGCUUUUCUUCAAGAGGCUCAGAUAAUGAAAAAAUUGAGACAUGAUAAACUUGUUCCACUAUAUGCUGUUGUUUCUGAAGAGCCAAUUUACAUUGUCACUGAAUUUAUGUCAAAAGGGAGCUUAUUAGAUUUCCUGAAGGAGGGAGAUGGAAAGUAUUUGAAGCUCCCACAACUGGUUGAUAUGGCUGCUCAGAUUGCUGAUGGUAUGGCAUAUAUUGAAAGGAUGAACUAUAUUCACCGAGAUCUUCGGGCUGCUAAUAUUCUUGUAGGAGAAAAUCUUGUGUGCAAAAUAGCAGAUUUUGGUUUAGCAAGGUUAAUUGAAGACAAUGAAUAUACGGCAAGACAAGGUGCAAAAUUUCCAAUCAAAUGGACAGCCCCUGAGGCUGCACUAUAUGGUCGAUUUACAAUAAAGUCUGAUGUAUGGUCAUUUGGAAUUCUACAGACAGAAUUGGUAACAAAAGGCAGAGUGCCAUAUCCAGGUAUGGUAAACCGUGAGGUGCUGGAACAGGUGGAACGAGGGUAUAGGAUGCCUUGCCCUCAGGGCUGUCCAGAAUCCCUACAUGAUUUGAUGAAUCUUUGUUGGAAGAAGGACCCUGAUGAAAGACCAACAUUUGAAUAUAUCCAGUCCUUCUUGGAAGACUACUUCACUGCUACAGAGCCACAGUACCAGCCAGGAGAAAAUUUAUAAUCCAAAUAGCCUAUUUUAUAUGCACAAAUCUGCCAAAAUGUAAAGAACUUGUGUAGACUUCCUCAUUUACAUCCAGGAAUCAAAAGAAGAAAAUCUUCACUCUGCAUGUUUUUUAAUGGUAAACUGGAAUUCCAGAUAUGGUUGCACAAAACCACUUUUUUUUUUUUUCCAAGUGUUAAACUCUAAUGUACCAAUGAUGAAUUUUCCAGCUUAUUUCAGGGUCCAAAGAAAGUAUAGCCAAGAUAUUGAUGACAGUGUGAGAGAUAGCAUGACAAUGAAGAGCAACAAGGCUACUGUUUAUAAGUCACUUCCUUUCCUUUAUUCCCCAAACUCAGAAUUAAGAGAAAAUUCUUUAUCAAAGACAAAACUUGGGAGAUAAAAACAGAUAUACCAUAAUAAAAUCUAAAAUCAAGGAACUUCAUGGGACCAAACAAUUCCAUUCCAGUUUUUAAAAAUUUCUUGCAUUCAUUAUUCUCAAGUUUUUUCUAUGUUGACCAGUUAAUAUGUAUGCCUCCUAUUGCAUGGAAAUGGGCCAGGUUCUUAGCAGCAAAAAAGGAAUAUAAACAGCAUGUAAAACUUGACUAAAUGUUGGACGAUAGCAGUGGAAUUUGAAAGUAUAAUCUCUGUGUUAAUACUCACACUCAUGGAACUAGAAAGUAGAAGAAGAAAUUUUUCACUUUAAUCAUUUUCUGAAAAGCUCAGUUUAGAAUAAUGAAGGUGACUAGAAAGUGAGUUAAUCUUUUUUAAGGUUGCAUUGAUUUUUUUUUUAAACACAGUAUAUAAUUAAAAUUGUGCUAUCCAAUCCAAGGGGAAAUCUUUUAAUGUUUAGACAGCAUGAAAAAAUAAGACACAGCAUUUAAACAGUCCUUUUUAAAAAUAGACUGGUACUGUGAGAUAUUGCUAAUAUGUACUUAUGGUGAUGGGUGCCACAAAUAUAAAAUAUCACUAGAUCAGGGACUUGAAUGCACUUUUGCUUACUGAAAAUAGACUAACAGAGAGAAAAAUGUAUUUAAAAGAAAUAUGAGAAAAAAUGUGAAAGUUUUACAGAUAGAGGGAUGGAGUGUUAUGUUUAACGUUGCUGUUAUGGAGUGACAAAAUGGCUUUGCUGGCACUCAAAGCUCCUCACUUAUCUAUUUUCUGAGAUUUUAAGAGUUAUAAGGUAUGACUAUAAAACUAGUCUUUCUUAACAUAAACACUAAGUGAGUGUUAUAGUCUCAAAAUAGCUAAGUUAAGGCUUCCCACUAAUUCCAGUGAUACAACUUUUAUGCAAAACAUUUUUAGAACUCCAGUUUUCGAAUCUGUAUUUAAAUCUACAUUCACUUUUUAAAUAAUACUUAAUGGUGACCAUUUUUUCCCUUUUAGAAUUUAGCUGAUUUGGGGAGGAAAACAUUCAGGAUAACAACAGUGUGAAGGGGGGGGCAGUUCUUGCCCAUUUUAAGUACAGAAGUGAAACAUACAAAAUAAGACUAAUUUUUAUGACUAACUCAAAAAGAAAUCCCAAAAUAUGCAUUUGAAUAACAACAUUACUGGUGUAAGUAUCUAGCAAAAGAACUGAAUCGGACAAAAUAAAAGUCUAGUAGUUAUGUUUUAAAAUUUUCUCGUUAUAGUCACACUUUAAAUAAAGCAAUAUUCCAGGUCCCCAUAUUUUAGAAUCAUAAUUUUUAACUACCAUCACUUACUUAAUUUAAUCAUUAAGUUUAAAAUUCUGUGCCAUGGUAUCUAUGUUGAAAUUCAAACCAUUUUAAAAUGUGACAGAUGAACGUCCUGCAAGUUGGCAGCAGCUCUGGUACUGAAAGCUGCGGUGGCUCCUCGUGUUGGCGUAGCCUGCUCAGUGCUGAGUCCCUCUUCCAGAGGGCCUGCCUCUGCCCGCGUCGCCAUUCACCCUCACGCACAGCCUGAGACAGCAGAGUUAAAGGGUUUCAUGUGAACUGCGACAUUAGAAUUUUUCUAAGCAUUUAAAAAAGAAUAACAAAAUUAUAUGUUCAUGUACUAAUCCUGUUCAGAAAAAUAAGCCAGGAAAAGUUUAUGCUAUUCAUUAGGUUUUAACUGAAUGGAGCAGUUCCUUAUAAUAUCAAUUGUAUACUAAGGAAGACUAACUUAAUAGCUAUUGAGAUUAAAUGGUUAUGUUUUUUAAAUUGCCAAGAAAAAUAAACAACUUUGUACAUUUCAAGAUUUUUUCCAACAGCUUUUCAUCUUCAAUAUUGUAAUGUGGAACUUAACCCUUACCAAAAAAGAAAGUUGCAAAAACAACCUUCUAGCACAAAUACUUUUUUAAUGAAUAAUGGUAGCCUAAAAUUUAAUAUUUUUAUAAAGUACUAUAAUAUUGUUUUGUGGAUUGAAAUAAAAAUUCUCAUUGAAUGCACCCAUUUAUCUUUUUAGCUACUAUUCAUAUUUUCUCAUCGGUUUUAAAAAAAUUGGUAUUUAAAGCAAAGUUCUGAAUUUGUUCUUCCAUUGGAAAAAGGUGUUCAGUUAUACCUCUUGAGCAGAGUUAAAUCAAUUCUUUAUUAAAUUCAGAACAUUAAUGAACUCAGUCUAUGUGGUUAAUUUUCCAUGUCAGGUGAGUGACAUUUUUACAGUUUUGGGUUUUUUUAAAUUAUACCAGCAACUACAAGUUAAUGUAUUGUACAGAGAAACCUAAGUGAUUUGAGUGAAGCUAUUCACAGAGAAUCUGUGUGGAGGAUAUCAAAUGAAAUGACCACUUUCCAUAAGGGAUUUAAUUUUCUAAAAAUGAAAAAUAUGUGAGCUUUAUUUCUGUGUGUGUUUUACACUUCUAUUAUAAGUAUAAUGAAAAUAAAGUUAUACUAAAUUAUGAAUGGCCAAUCAAAAGCAUUUAUUAUUUUCAAUAAGGUAAUAGUAUUACCUUUUACUAUUAUAUUAUCUAAAAUUAUUAGCUUUGUUUUUUCCCAAUGAUUUCAGAAAAGUAACAUUUAAUCAAACAUUAUUUAGUAAACAUUUAUUAAAUAUUUCUAUACAAUAUGGUAAUAGUUCCUCAGUUUAAGAAUGUUUCACUAGUUUGCUGUUUGUCUUUUAAUUUUGCCUGUAAGUUUUUGACAUUUAAGUUGUAUAUUUGUAUGUUCUCAAUCUUUUUUAUGCUUAAAAAGUCAUUUGCAUCCCAAGAUUAAAUAUUCAUCUCAUCUGUUAUA